CCCCUCGUUCUGCCGGCCCUGCUUACCACUGCAUCACAGAGUACCCAGGGGCAACUGCCUGGAUUGCAAUGGUCAGCCUUCGCCUUCUUCCUCGCGACCUUGGCGGCCCCAUCGACGGCUUUGACCCGAACAUCAGCAACGGCACCUGUUACAGGAAGACUUCUUCGAAGACCAUCGCCCUUCCAAACCACUAUGUCGCCUGUGGAAAUGCGGCUCUUGGCCACGUCGGGUGCUGCCAGCUCGGCGACAUGUGCCUCGAGGAAGGUGCAUGUUUCGAUGCAGACUUCUUCACCACCUACGUCGCUGGUUGCACAGACAAAGAUUAUGAAGAUCCCAUUUGCCCUCAAAAGUUCUAUGAUGCCUCUGUCUGGUCCGGCCUUAUCUACUGUGACGAUGACUUCAAGUGGAUGCCGUGCAUCCAGAACAACGACUAUCCGGAUUACAUCACGAAACCCCCAGCCAAAUGUGACAAGGACAAAGUUUGUCCCAACACCGACGUCUCCGCUGCCUUCCAAACCUUCACUGCCAGCAUCAUCCCCAAUGUCGUCAAACUUCCUUCACAUCUGGACGAGAGCAGCCUCAACUGGCUCGUAUCCGACCCAUCCUUGGUAUACCACAAGCCCAGGACCACCUCAGUCCAGACAAUCACCUCCUCUCCAGAUUCAGCAAGCUCCCAGGCAACCUUCACGGCUGGUACGGGCUCUUCCACGUCUGCUCCAUCUGCUGUUCCACCUAGACCCACAACAGCUUCCUCGACCGAUGACUCCUCGAACCUCAGUACCGGUGCCAUUGUGGGCAUAGUUAGCGUUGCUUCGGUUAUUUUGGCACUGGUGGGCCUUGCCAUCUUCUUUGUAGUCCGCCGACGAAGAGCAGAGGAUGGACACAGCCCGUCUGGUGCCGACGGGUCUGCGAACACGGCCGAUGAUAUGCUAGGAAAGGAGUCCAAGUCGCCAAUCUCGCCAAAGGGGAACUCGGAAGAUCUACAUGCGUCCCCGAUUAUCAGUGAACUCGACCCCCAGACCGACCGCCCAUGGUCUUUGCGUUCAGAGUUACACGGACAGACGGUAUCACCCUCGGCCUUCUCUCCAGCCACCACAAGUCCUGCCUCGUUCCAGCCAUCCCCAUUGAUAUCCGAGGCUUCGGAAGGUCAGGGCUAUGCUGUGGGACAUGCACACAAACCGUACGGUGGAAAACAUCUUCAGUACAUCAAUGAGUUGCCUGGUUAACGGCUCGACUGAUCAGCGGUGUGUGGGGGUACCUUACCAAGGGACCCAAGGGAUUCCAUUAUUCCAAGAGGAAGGCAGAUGUGAAGUGGAUAUAGGCGGAAAUCUUGGGCGUAAUUCAAGCGGUCUUUUUAUGGUGCACGAAGUACACACACCUCGAGUAGAAAGCAAGUCAGAGUUUUCGACCAAACCUUCAAGUUUCCCUGUUUUCUAUCGGCAUACACUUUUCUGAUGUGCCAGAUCGCACUCAUGACAGUGCUAGGUGACGGGACAAUGAGCAAGGUUGACGUAAAGUUAGAGAGGACGAGAUAAGCGCCAGAAAACCAAUCGAGUGUCGAAACAUGCUCCUGCCUUAUGAAUCACGGAUCCAACAUGAUGGAAGGUUGAAUUAGUCCGCAACAGUAGAAGCGCUGGAAGCGAAGGGGCGUUGAGUCAUUCAUCAUUUCCCGUUAUAUCCCCCCUCUCCGCCCCUUUCCCGGGGCCAGGACCAAGCCUUUCGCAAAGCCCAAUUUGAGCUCAAUCAGGGGGAUACUACCAGGCAAUCUCGAGACACAAGGCAUGCAUGGUAUUUAUGAUUCUCAGUAACAAAUUGCAGAAGAUUUAGAGGGAUUUCAUGAUGAAUUUGGCAUUUGCUUCCAUCAAUAUCCUCCGUAAUAUGGUAUAGGUCAAUGAAUGAUACAUGGUG